CCGUCGUUUUGCACCUGCCGUGUUUAUAAGCGUAGAUUAACAAUAAAAUUAUGAAUGAAAAGUGUUGAAUUGAUCGAAAAUUCUUUGUUUGAUGAACCAAAAUAUACAUAUUUUAUUAUUGUAUGUCAAUAAUUUCGGAGUUUAAGUGUUAACCUCGCUUUAAAUAGCAUGCCAUGGAAUCAGUAGACAAUAACAAAUUUGAAGUGAAAUCAUCUAAAAGAAAAAUAGAGACUGGGCCGAAUGUGUAUCUGAACCCCGCAUUAGAUCUGCUUGUAAACGAGGACCCCAUGUGCAACACAGCCAUGGAAAUCACUGCUAUCAAGAAACGCAAGCGGACUAAAAGUGAUAUUGCUGCUUUUGAAAAUACUGCUUUAGAUCUAGGCAUCAGCCGAGCAGCAGUCAAUGAGUUUUUGCAGCGUGAACUUGAAAACGUGCGCAAGAAUAUAAAACAUUAUGAAACUCCUGUUACACCCGAAAAUAAUGAAUCUAUGCAAACUCCUACUAAACCUACUGAAUCUAUGCAAACUCCUACAGAACCUAUUUAUGCUAAUUUAACUGAUUUAAAUGGACAAACUAUUAAUUUACCUGAAAAUCCUGUAUGUCUAAAUGUACAAAAUAAUACAUCAAAUGAAACUGUGUCUAUGAAUUCAGAAAGUUCAAGAGAAGAUAACUUUGAAAGUUUAAAUGAAAAUAUAAUUGGAACAGAAGUGAAUGAUAAAUUUGUACUGCAUGAUACUGAUAUAGAAAUGGAUUCGGGAAUCUCAGGUGUUGAUCAAAAAUCUUUAAAUCCACAUGUCAGUGGACUAGUCGCUAACGACAUAUCAGCCAUAACAAACACAACUAACAUACAAGCAAACGUAACAAACCAAAUAUUUAUGAAUAACAGUAACCUAAGUCUAAGCUUCAUAGAUAGACUCGCUAUCGAUUCCCCAGGAACCUCAAACCAAUCAUUAUAUUUUGAUGAUGACUUAAACGAAAGUAACAUUAUGGAAAUUAAAACUAUAACAAUAAUUACCAAAAAAAAACUUGUUAAUAAUAAACUUGAAAAUAAGAAAAACACUAAUCCAUUUUUAAAUCCUAAUCUAAACGUUGAAGAUGUACCAGUAACUGAAAAUCCUUUUAUCGACAAUCAAGACUUAUCCAGACCAGAAUUAGAAUAUAAUAUUGAAGAUUUUAGUAGACCUCACGGAAAUGUGGGACCAGUUCAUAAUUUAGUACCAAGACAACUGUUUACAAAUGAAACAAACAGCACAAUAUCGACUGUCAACGAAUCAGCCAUGAAUAUGAACCCUGAAUAUGAAAACAUAGAUAGUUAUAGGUCCGAAAGUCCUAUAUACGAAAAUAUAGGCGAAGAUUUACCAGAUUCCAUGUACAAUAAGCAAAGUAAAAUUCUAGGCUGUGACGUAUCACAAUUCAGUGCUAUCGAUAUCAUGAACUUGAAUAGAAACAGCCAAAUAAAUAAGUCAAACGAAUCAAAUGAUAGCAAGAAAGAUUUAAAACACUCACUACUUAAAGCGAGUAAUAAGUUUUCAAAGAAAGUUUUUAAAACAUUGAAAAAGAAAUUCAAAGGUGAGAAGGUAGAACAUAAUGUGACUUUAAAUCCUUAUGAAGUGCCGCGAAAAAUGCCUAAGGAAAAAAUUGAGAAAAAGGAUGCUUCUGGGAUAGAAAACCCUGCAUUAAAUUUGGAUAACUCAGAUGAAAUAGAAAUCGAAGAAAUAGAUGCCGAACAUGAAUACGAAACGAUAAAAACUAUUAGAAAUACGCGUUUAAAUACAAAUGUUACACCUCUAAAAGAAAAGGUUGAGGAUAAUUUCGAUGUUUCUAACAAAAGUUAUACGCCGGGCAAAAAAGUUAGGUUCGACUCGACUUUGAAUAGAGAGAAGAUAAUAACUGGGAAUAGUUUUGACUAUGAUAUCCAAAGUCCGGGGUUUGAUGCGAAAAUCGAUAAAUAUCACGAUGAAUUGGAAAACUGUAUCAAUGAAAAAAAGUUUAUACAGCAAAAUAUGUAGUAAUGUAGUACCUACUCAUACAUUUUUAUGAACUCAUUUCUGUAGAUCAGAAAAUAAUCUAUUUUUAAUUUAUUUGAAUUUGUUUCUAAGACUGGCUCACUUUAGAGAGAGGGAGAGAGGCAUAAGAGCGAUGGAAAGAGAGGUGUUUAUAAAAUUUAAAGCCGCAGCAUUCUGCGAGCUGAAUUGCUCCUUAUUGCGUUGUAACAAGAGUCACUAUUUACUAUACUACGUUUUUGCGAAGUGAUCCUGUGCCUGUAAGUUACUAUUAUGUAUUUUUUCUAUGGUAUAAGUUUGUACAUAAAAGAUAGGUAUAAGUUUAUAAUUUUUAUUAUUAUAUAAUUUUAUUUAAGUUGCACAAUUUUUUUCAAUAAAGUACCUAAGCACUUUUUUUAGUUCAAUGAAAUGUUUCAUGUCAGUAUUGCGAAAAUGAAUAUUGUGAUUUUUUAAAGAUAAUCCCAAAGCAUAAUAAUUUCCAAAGAUCGCAUGCAUACCUACAAUAAAUUGUUGUAUGUUUUUUAUGUAAAAGUAAGGACGAAGUUCAACAGUAUUUAUUUAUUUAAAUUAUUAUAAUAUUGUGAUAAACAAACCUUGCCAAAUAAAUGCACUUAAGCAACAUUAAAUUUUC